CUUCGGAGGACACCAUCAACUUCUGAAAGGUGAGGAAAGCAGGGUUGAUUUCUUCUCCAGUUCAGCGGCUGCAGAGGCUACCAGGACGCGCACCGGCCGACCCGAUGGAGAAAUCCAAAAACUUUCGCAUCGACGCGCUUCUGGCAGUCGAUACGCCAAAGGCGCAGACUUCACCGCUGGCACUUGUGACUUCCCUGUCCUCUUCCUCCGCAUCUUCCUCCUCCAUCCCGUCGUCCGGGAGCGGAGCUGCCCCGGACCUCACGGCAGCCGCCGAAUCGUUACGCGCCGAGACGCCGCCGUCUCCGCCGAGGAUUUCCACCUGCGGGCUGAUUCCCAAGCCGGGGUUCCUGAACAGCGCGCACGGCAUGGUGGGACUACACCCGCAGAGCAGCGCGGGGAUCCCGGCGCAGGCUCUCUACGGCCAUCCCAUGUACACAUACUCCGCCGCUGCGCUGACGGGCCAACACCCCGCACUGUCCUACUCCUAUCCGCACGGCUCGCAUCACCACCACACCAGCGACCCCAUUAAACUGACAGCCAGCACCUUCCAGCUGGACCACUGGCUGCGAGUGUCCACAGCUGGGAUGAUGCUGCCAAAGAUGUCCGAUUUUAAUGCUCAGACGCAGUCAAACCUGCUCGGAAAGUGCAGAAGACCCAGGACAGCGUUCACCAGUCAGCAGCUGCUGGAGCUGGAGCAUCAGUUCAAACUGAACAAGUAUCUGUCGCGACCAAAGCGCUUCGAGGUAGCCACGUCGCUCAUGCUCACCGAAACUCAGGUGAAAAUCUGGUUCCAGAACAGACGCAUGAAAUGGAAGAGGAGCAAAAAGGCCAAAGAGCAGGCCGCCCAGGAGGCCGAGAAGCAGAAAGGCACCAACAAGAGCGGCCAGGAGAAAUCAGACGGACUUGAACAGUCAGAUUAUCACAGCAAGACGGACUCAAAAAACGGCAGAAUAAGAGACUUCAGAGACAGCGACGACGACGAAGGCGACAGUUUCUUGUACAACUCGUCGGACUGCUCUUCGGACGAGGAGCGCAAUCACAACAGCGACGCCAGUCCGCAGGCUUAACUGAGCUGACCUUCAGCUGACUGACUUUGGGAAGUUUCACUGUAAAAAAAAAA